AUGGAUCGAGGCGAUUCCGUCAUCAUCGACGUCUUGCAAGGCAUCGUGCCCGAGCAGACCCUCGAACUUCUACAAGCCCAUCUCCAGAACCCGUCCACGACCCUCCAAGCCGUAUGGCGUCACUCGAGCGCCAUCGCUAACAAACUCGGCACCGUUCUCUCCCCCCUCUUCGGCCCCAUCCUCGCCCGAGCCCUGCAAGCCCUACACGACUCUCCCGACGUCGUAGUCCUCGGCUUCGUCCUCGGCACCAUCGUUCUGAUGCUACAGAUCGUAGUCUGGGUGCACCGCACGAUGAUGUACAUGACGCGUCUAGCCUUCCGCAUGAUGGGCUGGGCUCUCGUCUUUGCCCUGGUGGCCGUAGUAUGGCGUCGAGGCCCUGAGGCGACGAUCCGAGACGUCGUGGUAUUCGUCGGAAAGAUGGCCGGAUACGCCGCGCUGGUGAAGGAUAUCUGGCUCAGCGAGUAUAAGAAGUUCGAUGCGCAGACCAAGCGAGGCGGCGACUUUAGCACCGGCCCCCGCGCCCCUUCCGGAGGAUACACUCGUUCUAGGAAUAACGGUUGGUAG